UUCAAUCUCAGCCAUUGAAUGGUCUUAGGUUGGUGCUUGCUUAGAGCAUUGGAGGAAGAAAGACAGCCUAGUGAUAGAGCGAGCAGCCGCAUCCACCGCCGGCCGGCGAGAGCUCGUCUCCUCCGACCAGCACAUCCGCCACUGCUCCGAUCAACGUCGCCUCCCUCUCCAUCGAGCCUCUUUCCCAGUCGCCCGCCCUCUCAUCUAGUAGGGCCCACCAGUUAGCCGCCGCCGCCGCCGCCGCCAUAUUCCCAUCGCCCUGUGUCUAUUUUCCUUCUUCCUGUUCAGGUCGACGAACAGCCCCAGUCAACACAACACAACACAACUGUCUCAUAUACACACUGGUACUCCUAUAUAUAGCACCAGCAGACGCUGAAAAACCAUUUCUAGUUGACAAUGUACAUCAUAAGAGUCUUAUAGAUUUUUGCAUUAUUGGUGUUGCACGCACACUAAUGGGCGGGUUUCUUGGUGCUUUGUCCUCUUUAUCUGCCACCAAACUCGGAAGAGAGAAAAGAUCUCCGCUAAUGUCAUCAUAGUAACUUGGAAGAGGGUCACUGAAAUAGAACUUCCUCCUCUUCCCUCCGCUGCGAAACCUCCUCGUACCCUCUUCAACAAUAUGUGGAAACUCGUAUGCAGAAAUUGGCAUUGCCUUAAUCCCAGAACCAAUUCUCACACACUCCCAGACAAGUUUUAUUACUGCACCUUGCAAACCCAUGACACAGUUCAAGAAAUCAGCAACAUUCUCAUCCACAACAACUGGAAAUUCCUCAUGGACUCCUCGGACAUCCCCAAGAAGCUAAACACAGGUGUAAUCAGAUCCGUCAUUCACAAUAACAGGUUCAUUAAUCCCAAACGCCUCCUUGACUUCUUCAUAUGGUCUGAAACCAAAGCGGAUAAUAACUUCAACGACUUGGAUUUGUUGUCUCUUCUCGUCAUUUUGCUUUGUAAUUCGAAUUCAUUUUUGCCCGCCCGUGAUGUCAUUGAUCGCAUGAUAAAGACGGGGAAAACUUUUGAUGUUUUGAGUUCUGUUGUUGAAUGUUAUAGGAGAUUUGAUGGGUCCAGAAAUGUGGCGUUUGAUAUGUUGGUUGAGAGGUAUACUAAAAUGGGUUUUGUUGUUGAGGCUGCUGAUGUUUUUUUGGGGUUAAGAGAUGUUGAGUUCUUUAUGCCUAGUUUGUUGUCAUGCAAUUCACUCUUGAGGGAGUUAUUGAGGACUAACAAGAUUGGGUUGUUUUGGAAGGUUUGUGAUAGUAUGUGUGAGAUGAGGAUUGAAUUUGACGUGUAUACUUAUUCUAGUGUUAUUGAUGCUCAUUUUAGAAUUGGGAAUGCUGGUGAGGCCAAAAGGGUAUUUUUGGAAAUGGAUGAGAAGGGUUGUAGUCCGAACAUCAUUGUAUAUAAUGUGAUGAUUAGUGGUUUGUGCAGAGUUGGGCUUCUAAAUGAAGCGGUUCACAUGAAAAAGUCGAUGUCUGUGAAGGGUUUAGUCCCUGACAACUAUACUUAUGCAACUCUUAUUAAUGGUUAUUGUAGAGGAAAGAGAUUGGAAGAUGCAAAACUGGUUUUGUCUGAAAUGGUUGAUGAGGGAUUGAAGCCUAAUAUAGUUGCCUACAAUGCUUUGAUUGAUGGGUUUCUGAACCUUGGUGAUUUGGAAGAGGCUUUUAGAAUUAAGAAUGAAAUGGUUUGUCACGGUUUAAAGCUAAAUUUGGUAAAUUAUAACACUGUUCUUAAAGGAGUUUGUAAGGCUGGUAAGAUGGACAAGGCCAGAAAAAUUGUCAAUGAAAUGAUUAGGGCGGGAAGUCAACCUGAUGCAAGAACUUACACUUCAUUGAUUGAGGGCUAUUGCCGGCAACGUGAUAUGGUCAGUGCUUUCAAAAUGUUUGAUGAGAUGAAGAAGAUAAAUUUGGUACCGACAAUUGUAACAUACAGUGUGAUAAUUAAUGGGCUGUGUGGAAGUGGAAAUCUUGAUCAGGCUAAUCAUUUUGUUCAGGAAAUGAUUUCAUGUGGAUUGAAACUGAACUGUAUUGUCUACCAUCCUCUUAUUUCAGCUCAUCUAAAGGAAGGUAAAGUAGAAGCAGCAAGAAGGAUUUUAGAUAGGAUGAGGGAACUAGGGAUUUCACCCGAUGUGUUUUGCUACAAUUCUCUUAUAAUUGGUCUCAGCAGAGAAAAUCAGUUGGACACGGCAAGGAAUUACUUGGAUGACAUGUUGGCAAAGGGAUUACAGCCAAAUGCAUACACGUAUGGAGCUUUUGUGCAUGCGUAUAGUAAGGUUGGGGACAUGAAGAUGGCCGACAGAUACUUCAAUGAGAUGUUAUGUUAUGGUCUGACGCCUAAUGUUGUUAUUUACACAGCCUUGAUAGAUGGGCAUUGCAAAGUAGGGAACCUAGAAGAAGCUUUUUCAGCGUUUAGGUGUAUGCUUGCGCGUGGAAUUGUCCCAGAUGUCCGAACUUAUAGUGUUCUUAUUAGCGGGCUUUCAAGGAUUGGGAAAAUGCAAGAAGCCUUGGGGAUCUUCUCUGAGUUUUGUGAGAAGGGUUUGAUUCCUGAUGUUUACAUUUACAACUCUCUCAUUACUGGUUUCUGCAAACAAGGUGAUUUGGACAAGGCUGUUCAGCUUUAUGAGGAGAUGUGCAUGAAGGGCACAGGUCCUAACAUUGUGACUUAUAAUAUUUUGAUUAAUGGGCUAUGCAAGGCAGGUGAUGUUGAAGAAGCUACUAACUUAUUUCAUGGCAUUUUGAAGAACGGUUUGACUCCCAACAACGUGACAUAUGCUAUAAUGAUAGAUGGUUACUGCAAAUCUGGAAAUUUAAUCGACGCAUUCAAGUUAUUUGAUGGGAUGCCACUAAGGGGAGUCACAGCCGAUAGUUAUGUUUACAAUGCCCUUCUUGAUGGAUGCUGCAAAGAAGGAAAUUUGGAUAAAGCAAAGGGUCUAUUUCAAGAUAUGUUGAUUAAAGGUGUUGCCUCUGCAAUGUCUUUUAACACAUUGAUUGACGGGCUCUGCAAAAGCAAAAUGCUGCUAGAAGCCAACCAUUUGCUGGAAGAAAUGUCGGAAAAACAGAUCUUUCCUGACCAUGUAACCUACACAACCGUGAUUGAUCAUCAUUGUAAGGCUCAGAAUAUGGAGGAAGCGAAACGGCUCUUCUUGGAGAUGAAAGCAAUGAAUCUUGCACCAACCAUUGUAACCUUCACAUCACUUCUACAUGGAUACAACAUGGCAGGAAAAACUUAUGAAGUUUUUUCUCUGUUUCAGGAGAUGCUAGCUACAGGGAUAGAGCCUGAUAAUGUUGCCUAUUGUGCUAUAAUUGAUGCUCAAUGUAAAGAAGGGAAUUUAACAGAAGCAUUGAAAAUGAGGGAUGAGAUGUUAAAGAAGUGUUUUCCCAGGAGAUUAUGUACUUAUGACACUCUAACACAAGCCCAAUGUGCAAAGCAAGAUUUUCCUCAAGCCCUGAAGUUGCUUAAUAAAAUCGGAGAAGCCGGCUUGCGUCUUAGUUUUACUGCAUGUAGUGUCAUAGCUUCUGGCUUCCAAUGUGCUGGUGAUAUAGAUAAAGCCACAGAAGUAUUGGAUCGUAUGGUUUCAAACUCCACAAGCUUAGCUGACUUAAUUGAUGGAAACCAAAAGAUUCCAUAUUCUGAGCACUCUAGAGAUCUAAUCAAGCAAAUGGCCUAG